AUGGGUCUUUGUCUGGCUAAUUCAUUAAUAUCUCGACGCGAUUUUGUCCCUUAUGAUCAGUUGGUUCGGUACAAAUGGUGGUAUCGACAUGGUUACAUGUCUUCAACUGGACAAUGUUUCGAUAUUGGUAGUGCCACUAGCCAAUCUCUUGGUGAAUUCGAGCGCCGUCAACAAUUAUUUGCUGCCAAAAAUCAUAUUCCUAUUGAUGAAUUAGAUUUUCUUUCAGAAUCGGAUCUGCUUACAAAAUUUGACGUGUAUUGCAGUGAAAUUGGUGUAGCUGGUAAUGGAGCACUUAUGCGGCUGGCUCCGGUUCCUCUAUUCUUCUAUCGACAUCCUGUUGACGCCGUCGAGUUUUCUGGGUUUAGUGGUGCCAUCACACACGGUGAUCCGAAAGCUUAUGAUGCGUGUCGCUAUUAUGGCGCCUUGAUUGUGGCUGCUCUUCGAGGUGAAAACAAAACACAAUUGCUGGAUAACAACUUUUAUUUAAACCACAUAUCAUGGUUCAAUAACAAGCCUCUCACUGAAGAGAUUAUGAACGUUGCCCAAGGAUCGUAUAAGAAGCCUGGUGGAUAUGCUGAUGGUAUUCGAGGCAAAGGAUACAUUGUUAGUUCUCUCGAAGCCGCACUAUGGGCUUUUUGCUACGAUGAAAAUUCUUUCGAAAAAGGCGUUCUUGAUGUAAUAAAUCUUGGAGAUGACACUGAUACAACUGCUGCUAUUUAUGGCCAAUUGGCUGGCGCCUACUACGGUUAUGACAAGUUGCCAGAAAAAUGGGUUAAACAAGUCUAUGCACACAGUUUUAUUACAUGUUUAAGCAAAUGGAUCGUUUAUGAAGGUGAACUGUGGCAGCCAAAAGCUCCAAUUCCGAAUGGAUCAGGAUUGAGCUCUCAGUAUCAUUUAAAUGUUAUUCCACAUUCUGCAGCUACGUCGAGUUCAGUAUCAGACACUAGUCCAACAGAUACUUACACGCCCAUUUCUCAAUUUAACAGCCUGUUCUCUAGCGAACCAAGAUUAAAGGAGUCAAUACGUUCGUCAGAAGUAACUUUGAAUAGUAUUCAACGUGUACCUUUGCAAGUACAAUCAAGCAGAAAUUCGAGCCCAAGAGCAACAGUACUUUCCAAUGACUACAAUUGCAGGACAAGAUCUGCCAACAGUGAUACAAAGAACUUCGACUUCAAUAAUGUGACAUCAUCUAGGUACGACCGUCCAACAGAAUAUUGUUGUAGUGAUGUGCCAGCAUUUUGGACUGGUAUCGCCAUCAUAAUUAGCUGUAGUGAUGCACCAGUAUUUCGGUCUAGUAUUAUCAUCCCAAUUAGCUGUAAUGGUAGUGCAGCAGGAUUACAGUGUGACUGCCGUGACCCAAAUCAGGAGUCCCAACCUGCUGGCCACAACACAUCUUCUAAUGCAAGCCGAAGGUCACAAACCUAG